AUGGGAAAUCCUUACCAGUGUGAGCCAGAGGUGAAGUGGUACCACAUCCUUUGGGACAUGCGGAGCAAGGAGUUCCGGCAGUGGUAUCUCACGAAAAAAUACCGUGACAUGCGGAUCAUGUACAAGUACGAGAGUCACAUCUUGUACCAAAAGGCAGGAAUGGGAUUUCUAAUGGCAGCCGUGUUUAUGUCGGUUUUCAGCUCCGACCUGGCGGUGGCGGUGUUUCGGUGGCCAACGGAAGAUCCCAAUGAGCUCUUGAAGAGUCGGGUAUGGCAAAAGUAUCACAACCUUGUGAACGAGCGCAAGGAGUAUGCAGAGAGGCUUCUCCAAGACUCCAACUACGUUCAGAAAAAGAACAACUCCGGCGAGUAG